UUGACGAUGGCGGCUAAAGGUGCGCAUAUUACACAAAAUAUAGAAGUAAAACCGUCUCUGUUCGAGGUUUUAGCGGCGGAUUCGCUAAACACUACGUUUUAUCCAGCUAUAAAACGCGUCGUCAAUUUUUUAGCAACCUCGAAACCGGCAAUCUUUGGUGGACUUGUGCGGUACUACGAUGAAUUUUAUACGCUGUUCAAUGGUCUUGUACAAGGAUACUACCUUAAUCGGUACGGUGGCUCGCUGGCAGAAGUAUUCUACGGGCUCACGAGGGUAUCUGCGAGGAGUAAAUCUUUUAACGUGCAGGAACGAAAUUGGUCUUUUGCCGUGCUUGUGGUGCUUCCGUAUGUGUUGAGCAAAAUGGAAGCAAUGUGCAACCGUUGGAAGGAGGAUUAUGAAGCUGGAAAGCAGAUUUCCAUUGAACGGAGACUCCUGUUUCGCAUGGUUCCAUUUGUAAAGGCUUUCUAUGAAAGUGUGAAGCUAAUCCACUACGUUUCCUACCUGUCUAAUGCAACCGAAACACAUUCGCCAACAUUGCGCAUUCUUCGGCUAGGCUUGACUUAUCUCUCGGAGGAAGAGGAAAGCUGGUCAUUCAAAGAUAUCUUCCAAGGAAAGAUAAGGGUUGCUACGAUGCUUAGCACUGCCCUUCUGCGGUGGUUGGAGCUAUCCGCGUUUUUCCUGCAAUUCAUUGAAUGGUGGCAGACGGAAGCUAACAUCGGAGACUUAUCGAAGUUACCAAUCCCUGACGCCCCCAGCCUGGAUACCAAUGCCUCCAAGUAUGCAAAUGUUUGCCCCAUUUGUUUGCAAAAACAUAUCAUUCCUACAGCGAUCUCUGUUUCAGGGUACGUUUACUGCUAUCGGUGUAUAGUAAAUCACCUACAAAAGGAAAGCAGAUGCCCAGUCACUAAAUAUCCUGCUACAAUUAAUGACCUUAUCGGAAUAUACACCAAUGAUGAUUAAUGGUUGAUAAGUUUCAUUGAAUUUGAUUGUAAAUGUAGGUAAUUAUUUUGGGUUUUUGUGGUUAACUUAUUGGCAAACAAAUAAAAAGUGAAGACUGACGAACACUA